GCACUCUCCGUUUUAUUCAGCGCUCAUCAACAGCUGGGAGCUGAGCGCUUAGAAUCAGCGAAAACUUCUCUCAAGUCUCACUUUCUUUGCCUCAUCAUGGCGGACGUUGCAUCAAGAAGACGAGGAGGAUUUACUGGUGGCCGUGGACGGGCGUCACGCCCUGCACCAUACUCUGCCGGUUCCAAGCCUUCUGGUUCUUGGAAGCGCGAAGUGGUUGGCAAUCCGCGAGGCGCUGAUAUGUCAUCUGAGCGACUUGUCAUCACUAAUUUACAUUACGAAGUCAUGCCCUCAGACCUGAAGGGGAUAUUUGAGUCGAUUGGCAAUUUGGCUCGUGAGCCCACCAUUAAAUAUGAUCGUAGUGGACGUUCAACGGGGACAGCUUGGAUACACUUCGUCAACCCGAAUGAUGCCGCCUUGGCGAAAGCUAGAUUGGACGGAGUUUCUGCUAAAGGACAACCAAUGAAAAUCGAAAUUGAAGCUGCAAGACCUGCAAGAGAUGCGCCAAUUGGCCCUAAGGGACCGCGGGGGAAACUCAUUAGCAGAAUUGGAUCUCUUCCUCUUCUAGACCGUAUGGCGAGCAACAUCCCGAAACUGACGCGUCGUCUGGAUCGCGGCGACCGCCCUAAAGGUGGCAGCAUUCGUACGAAUACAACGUUCAGAACUCCGAAAACACGCGAUUCCCCUAAAACUGCCGAGGAACUGGAUCGAGAGCUGGAUGCCUACUUGAAUGAUGAUGAUUCUGGCGCUAAGGGUGCGACAAGUACUGGGCGUGUGGCCAGUGGGGAGGAUGUUAACAUGCAGUGAUGGUUGUAUUUGCGAAAGAAUUCUCGCCAUGUUGGGAUUCGCGUGCGGUUGUAUUU